UUGGGAUGAGAGCCUGCUUCCUUGCUAGUACGAGUUGUAUGUGCAUAGAACAAGGCUAGGGCAGUGCUUCCUUAGCUCAGAGAUGACUGAGGCUGGGGGUUUUAGUGCUCACUGCAGGUGGGAUCCGUGUGAGAAGUCUCUACAACUUCUCUUGUUCAGCUCAGUUAAGAUAGUAGUUAGAGAACAGGAAGAAAGGAUAGCCUGAACUGGUCUGGAUUCAUUCACAUUGUGGAGGGGAAAGCUGUCAGCAGGUUUUAUUGCCUUGUUGGGCCUGUCCUGUAGGAAUGGAACAUUCAGCAGGUAUACGUAAGGGACGGGCAUCUGCCUUGUGGAUGGCAACAGAGGGACAUGCUAAGAAGGCUGCCAUGGAAAUGUUGAAUGGAUCCUUGGUUCCGGGUGAUGGCCUUCGGAAUGAAAGGUCAGACAGCCCCACACCUGGCCUAGUGGAAGGAACAGAACCAGGUGCAGGACAAGACAGUGCCAUGUUUGUCCACACCAGGUCAUAUGAAGACCUUAGUACUGAUGACCAGGGUACAGGAUGUCGGACAUAUUCAGACGGUAGAGCAGAUGAUCUUUCCUGCAUUGAGGAAAUCAGUAAAGACUUCAGUCAGCUGAGCACCCAGUUGACUGGCACAUCCAUUGACAUGGAAGAAGAGUUGAAAGAAAGUGACCUGGAGGAGAAAGAGGAGACAUUUCCGUCCGAGAGAAAGAGGAAGGAAUCCAUUCUCUCAGACAGUGAGGCUGAAGCUCUCUCAGAAUCAUGGCGCUUACAAAAGAAACAUGUUUUUGUACUGAGUGAAGCAGGGAAGCCCAUUUAUACCCGAUACGGGACAGAAGAGGCGUUAUCAAGCACUACAGGAGUUAUGAUGGCUCUCGUCUCAUUUGUGGAGGCAGGAAAGAAUGUCAUUAAGUCCAUUCAUGCAGAUGGCUACAAAGUUGUGUUUGUGCGCCGAAGUCCACUGGUUCUGGUGGCUGUGGCUCAUACUCGUCAAUCUGAACAGGAAAUCGCUCAGGAACUUCUCUACAUCUACUACCAAAUCAUCAGUUUGCUAACAUUAACGCAGCUCACACGCAUCUUCGAGCAGAAACAAAACUAUGAUCUGCGUAGACUGCUAGCAGGCUCUGAGCGCAUCACCAACAACCUCCUGGACAUGAUGGACAGAGACCCUAGUUUUCUGAUGUGUGCGGUACGUUGCCUGCCUUUGCCAUCCUCUGUGAGGGAUAUCAUUAGCUCUAGUCUUCAGCAAGCCAAGGCUAAGAACCUUGUGUUCUCCAUCCUAAUCUCCAGGAACCAGCUUGUGUCCUUAGUUAGGAAGAAGGAUCAGUUCCUUCAUCACAUAGACCUUCACCUUCUCUUCAACCUGAUUAGUUCUUCCACGUCAUUUAGGGAGGGAGAAGCCUGGACACCCAUUUGCCUUCCAAAGUUUAACUCUGCUGGUUUCUUCCAUGCACAUAUCUCCUACCUGGACAAGGAGACUGACCUCUGUUUGCUGCUAAUCUCCACUGACCGGGAGGAUUUCUUCACUAUUUCUGACUGUAAAAAGAAAUUUUUGGAGAGGGUGAAAAGAAGAGGUGCAUAUCAAGCGCUUCAGGAUGCUUUGCGUUUCCCAUCUUACAGUACUGCUCAGGUUGGGAUAGAACAUCUAAGGCACUUCAUCUAUAAAUCAAAGAGUUCUGGACUCUACACAAGCCCAGAAAUUGAACCUCCCUAUGUGACAGAAGAGCAGAAGGAGAGACUGCUGGGAUUGUAUCAGUACUUACACAGCCGAGUGCACAGCUCUUCGAGCCCACUCAAGUACAUCUAUUGUGUGGGGCUUUCAGAGAGCCUCCUUGCAUGGGUAACCAGUGGCUUUGAGCUGUAUCUCUGCUUCAGCCCUCUCGGGACCAAAGUCGAUGCCAUGAAUGCGAUAUCCAAGCUCCUGAGAUGGAUUCGGAAGGAAGAGGACAGGCUUUUCAUACUGAACGCACUAACGUACUGACCCACUCCACAGCGAUGUGAAGUGGUACCCCCUUGUGCACAAAGCCAUAUGUACGACGUACUGACCCAUUCCACAGCGAUGUGAAGUGGUACCCCCUGGUGCACAAAGCCAUAUGUACGCAGCAGAGAGUACACAAAGACAAAGCCAAGCUCUUCUUAUUGACUUUGUGGGGUUUCCUCUGUAAAACAGGCACAUAGGAUUAUCCAGUAACAAAAUACAAAUAAAUGAAUACAUUUACUGACAUGCCUCUUAGCACAUCACACAUUUGCAUGGUCUGUAUGGACAGACAGUUGUCUGUAUGUGUUGACAGACAGACGUACUGUGAGUGCUAGAGAAAGACCCUGAAGACAAGGGUAUUGCUGAUUUCUAAAUACAGUUACUUACUGAUGCACAGUAACACCACAACACGUGCUCUGGCUUGUGGCGUGGAGGGAUGAAGUUAUGAAUAUGGCUCAGCAGGAGAGAUGAUCUUGAGCAUCCAACACCAACUCACUCAUCACCAGGAGGAGGGGGGUUGCUUGACCUACAGCAUUAUCAAAUCCUAAUAGAGACAGGGGGUUAUCUCCCUUCUGCAGGGGCUGUGUUGGUUUGCGCUGUGCUGGGCACUGACUUCUCUGCUGAAGUGGGGAAAAAGGAGGUG